AUGAACAUGGCAUUGCCUCCAGACGCUCAAAUGUAUAUAGAUUUACUUGCAAACAUUACAGCAGAAGAUGUGCGCUAUGAAUACCUCAAUGAUUCCACAAAACGAUACUUUCGACAUACGGCAUCUACUGUGGUAUACAUGAGUGUGUGUCUUGGAUGCACCAUAUGGCAAUUGAUGGCAGCCGCAGAACUGGUGUACAAGGCACGCAAAUGGCUUCAUUUUGCUGUCCUUUUCGAGACAGUACUGUCUUUUCUUGUCAUAUCUUGCAGUAUUCUAAAUCCAUUGACAGAUGUAACUUGCGAGCUACGGUUCUGGGUAUCCAUCAUAUCAGUCAAUCUUGGGGGAUGCUGUAUUCAAACGAUUCUGCUCUACAAAGCCUACAUUUGCUACGACCGUGCUAAAUGGCUGAUCAUCAUUGGGUCUCUGAUCAAUACUGGCUACAUUGCAUUGACGUUUGUCUAUGGCACAUUUGGAAAAGUGCCUACCUACAAGGAUCUGAUGGGAAACUGUGUUAUGACAAACUUGGAAUGGCCAGCAUUAGCCAAACUGGGCCUGGAUAUCGCAAGCAACGUGUUUUUAUCCUUUGCGUUUCUGAUGGUCAUUUACCGCCAUUACCGUAUCUUUGGAAACAGCCUUCAUAAAUCACUGCUAUCAAGCGGUCUCAUCUUCUCCGUUGGUGUCAUUGCCUCCAACAUUGUCACCGCUAUUUUGAUCUCUUGCAGAACAAUGGGUGGAUUAUCCGCAGAUUUAUAUUCAUUUGACUGGGUUAUUACUAGUUAUCUACUGAUCAAGCAGUUCAAGAUGAACAAGCCCAAGGCCAGCAACAAGGCAAAUGAAGAAGAUGACGAUGAAGAUGGGCAAGAUGAGACACAAUUUAAAAAAUCUAUCGCCUCGUCCAACCACAGCUUUGACAUUGUAACUCUACGCCGCAACACAGUAACUCAUGAGCAAGCGCUGCAUAAAGAAUCGAUUCAAAAGAGCAACACGAUUCUCGAGAACCAAGGCGAUAUUGACCUCGAAAAAAACCGCUUUUCUGAUGGUGUUUUGUCUGCCAUAACUACAGUCAACCCGAGUCUAGACGCUCAUUAUGUUUGCUCCCAUUGUUUGGCUCAUUCGCCACUCUUUAUGGACCAUUAUCAAAGCAUGGAGACACCACAAUCAGAGCAACACAAGUCAGACGAUAGCAAGAGACCAAGAGAGGAGGACUCAGGCGCUGAUCAGCAACAACCGGCAGAAAAGAAGCAAGAUGCAGACAAUGCACCCGCACCGAAACCUCGACCUGAACAACGCAAACCACAAUACGAACUCAAGUACUCGCUCGUUGGCCAUCGCAUGUCAGUAUCCAGUGUCAAGUUCUCGCCAGAUGGCAAAUGGCUAGCUAGUUGCUCUGCCGACAAAACCAUCAAGAUUUGGCAUGCAUUAGAUGGUAAAUACGAAGCUACAUUGGAGGGCCAUACACAAGGUAUUUCCGAUUGUGCAUGGUCCUCGGACUCACAAAACCUAUGCUCUGCCUCCGAUGAUCGCACCAUUCGUAUCUGGAGCCUUGCUACACGUGAAACUGUCAAAGUUUUAAAGGGCCAUUCCAACUACGUAUUCUGCGUCAACUACAAUCCUCAAUCAAAUUUAAUCGUUUCUGGAUCGUUUGAUGAAAGCAUCAAAAUUUGGGAUGUGAAAAAAGGCAAAUGCAUGAAAACAUUACCAGCGCACUCCGAUCCCGUAUCAGCAGUUCAUUUCAACAGAGAUGGUACCAUGAUUGUAAGCUGCAGUCAUGAUGGAUUAAUUCGUAUCUGGGACACCGCCAGUGGACAAUGUUUAAAAACACUCGUCGAUGAUGAUAACCCGCCCGUAUCGUUUGUCAAAUUCUCGCCAAAUGGUAAAUAUAUCCUCGCCUCAACACUAGAUAACACAUUACGACUGUGGAACUAUCAUACCGGCAAAUGUCUCAAGACGUAUCGUGGACAUGAAAACAGUAAAUAUUGUAUAUUUGCCAGUUUUAGUGUGACAGGUGGCAAGUGGAUUGUGAGCGGCAGUGAGGAUCACAACAUAUACAUUUGGAAUUUGCAGACAAAAGAAAUUGUACAGAAAUUAGAAGGACAUUCAGACGUUGUUCUUUGCAUAGCCUGCCAUCCAACAAUGAACAUCAUCGCAUCCGGCUCAAUCGACCAGGACAAGUCGGUCAAACUCUGGUUUGAUAAAUCACAACCUUCAGCUUAG